AUAAAGGCGGCUUCUUUCUGUAUUGUUAUGUGAACUCCUUUGAAGCAAUAGCUCCCUUCUCUUCUCUUCUUUCUCUUCUUUUGUUUGAUGAUUUGGGAGAGGAGGUUAAUGGCAGCGGAGGUGAGCUCGUUGUCAAGGAUGCUGAGGGGUUAUGAGGAGGAAGGAGAGGGGAAGAGGGAGCUUGUCACAAGGGAUUUGCUCGGUGGCGGCGGAGCAGUGCUCGGAUCUGCGGAGGUGGGUCUUGAGCUCCGUGUUCCGAUGGGUUGGGAGAGACGGUUUGAUCUAUUGCAUGGAAAGACCUACCUCGAGAAGCGCGACCCUGAUCCGGUUCCCUCCUGUCUCCACAAUCUCAACCUCGCGCUACCUCCACCAUCCACCGCCGCCCUCGUCCCGCAGCCGGACGCGGCGGCGGCGGCGCCCGCGCCCUCGGCGUACCAGAGUGUCUGCACCCUGGAGAAGGUGAAGUCCGCCCUCGAGCGCGCGACCCGCCGAUCCGACGGCUCCCCUUCGCCGCGCUCCUCGUCGACCACCACCACCUCCUCCUCCUUCUCGGUGAUCAAGCGGCGUGCGCCGGAAGAGGAUGGCCCCGGCCCCGGGUCGCUGAUGGGCGAGCGGGGGCGGGCGGCGGCGGCGAUGACGGUCGCCGGGUGCCCGGUGUGCCUCCUCUACGUGCUCGUCUCGUCGGUGGACCCCAGGUGCCCGAGGUGUGCCGUGCACGUGCCGGUCAUAGGCGAGCUCAAGAAGAGGCCCAAGUUGGACCUCAACUCGCCGACCCGAGAUGGUGAUGAUGACGAGGACUGGAAGAAGUCACAUUUGUCUUUGCAAAUAAUAUAGCAUAAAUGUAUUUAUAUUUUAAAUUUUGGCACUUUUUUUAUACUAGUAAAAAUUAUGAGAA